AGGCUGACAAAGGAGGGUGAAUUUUUAAGGACAGCAGUGGAGGGGGAGCAAGGUAACACGAACGACCAGCUGAGGAGGGAGGAGAGCGAGAAGUAGGCAGGUCACCUCAUAGAUCCACCGUCUCUGCUUCUAGCUCGACAGGGAUGAAGUUUUCAAACCAUUUCUUUAAGGUCGGACUCCCUUUCUUCUCUUUCAUGGUCUUGGGCUCCUUCGGCCUCCAGCAGGGACUCAAAUCGAAGUAUUUGGACUAUGACAGGCGGACCAAGGGAUCAAGUACGGAGGACCCCAACGCUAUCCUCGAGCAAAUCAACAGCACCCAACUAGAAAAAGAGUUUGAGAUGAAGGCCGUUCCAGGCAAGAUCCAGUCUACGCAUGAAUCUGCGGAUUUGUUGUACCUGAGGAAGGAGUUGGAGAGCCUGCGAGAGUCAGAGAAAUGGACGGGAAUUCCUCUUGACAAGCAGAAGCAAGAAGUCAAACAAAAGAUCAGAGCCCUGAAAAGGAGGGGUUUCCUUCCCUUCUAAGUUUCUCAUGUUGCGUGAAACAAAACUAAUGCCGAAAACAACAAAUGGAAGAAGCUUCUACUGGAAUGGAAGAAGCUUCUACCCUUCCGAACGAAACUCUUAGAUGUUGUCUUCUUCUUUACUUGUAACAGAACCUUAUUCGACCUUCG